UCUCAAGUCACGCUUGCUCACAGUCAAGUCCGCUCUAUCUCUCUCCUCUAUCCAAGCCAGAAACCCCCCGAAAACAUCCCCCGGCCAUGGCGACCGCAGCCCAGGUCGCCGCCACCUUCCUCUCGUUCCUCUCCUCCUCCUCCUCCUCCACUCACCACCCCGCCCCCUCCUCCUCCGUCUCCCUCGUGACGAACCCUGUCCUACCUGUCUCCCUUCGGGCCGCUGGCCCACGGCUCGCCUCCCGCCUCCGGGGCCGCCGCGUCGGCGCCGCCGUCGCCCAGCUCCCCACCGCGCAUCCGGAAGUAGCUUCUGGGGAGAAGAAGAUCAGAUGGUCAUCAAGGGCGGUGCGGUCUUUUGCGAUGGCGGAGCUGGAAGCCCGGAAGAUGAGGUACCCUACCACAGGCACCGAGGGGCUGCUCAUGGGCAUUCUUGUUGAAGGAACUAGUGGUGCAGCAAAACUUUUGCGUGCUAAUGGAACCACACUUCUCAAAGUGCGUGACGAGGCAGCGAAUGUGCUUGGGAAAUCAGAAAUGUUUUACUUUAGUCCCAUGCAUCCACCAUUGACAGAAGCUGCACAACGAGCCCUUGAUUGGGCUGUCAAUGAAAAACUGAAAUCAGGUGAGGAUGGAGAAGUAACUGCCAAUCAUUUGCUACUGGGGAUAUGGUCAGAUAAAGAGUCAGCUGGUCAUAAAAUCCUGGAAUCACUUGGAUUUGACGAUGAGAAAGCCAGUUUACUGGCCAAAACGGCUAAUGAAGAGGCUGCAAUGAGUCCUAGAUAGCAAAGAGAGCACCCAAUUUAUUCUUCGGCUUAAGUUGGUGUUGUGCACUAGCUGUAUGCACUUCUUGGCGCCUCAAGACGUUGACCUGAAGACGCUGCUUGCUUCUACAAAAUUUAGGACUUAUCCAGAUGUGUUAGGUCAAAUACAAUAUUUGUACUCUCACGAUUGCCGAUGGCUGUUAAAACAUUGCGAUUUGUUUGUCACGGUGAAUGCUUCUCAGCUUCUGUUCCUUGCUCGUAGGGAAAAAAAAGUUUGUAGGGUCCAGUGGGCUUGACGAGUCCUUCAAUUUUUUUUUUUUUUGUUCAUUUUGCUGCCUGAAUCCUGACAAGCAAGAAUUUCACCUGAAGUCACCGAUAUUGUUCUGUAUCCGCAGAUUUUGAAUGAAGCUAUUGGGACACAUUCAUUGGAUGCAAAUGGCAUACCAAAGUAAGUCUUUUUAAAA